AUGAAAUUUGAGCCACUGUCUCUCUCCAGCUAUCCAAAGCCAGAAAAUGUUACCUUCACCUACGGCACAGCUGGUUUCAGAAUGAAGGCUGAUAUUUUGGAUUAUGUCAACUACACUGUGGGAGUACUUGCGGCAUUGCGGUCCAAAUACUUGAAUGGACUGACUGUUGGUGUGAUGAUUACUGCUUCGCAUAAUCCUCCCGCUGAUAAUGGUGUAAAAGUCGUCGAUCCGUUGGGAAGCAUGUUAGAAAGUUCAUGGGAACUGUAUGCCACCACCUUGGCAAAUGCUAGUCAUGAGGAAUUGGUGGGCAAGUUUAACGAACUUGUAACUAAAUUGAACAUCGACCUUGCAACUCCAGCGUCUGUGGUAGUUGCUAGAGAUUCAAGAGAGUCAUCUCCAAGAUUGAGUAAAGCCACUAUUGACGGGAUCAAUGCAGUGCCCAAUGUGAAGGUUGAAGACUUCGGAUUAUUCACUACUCCCCAAUUGCAUUAUAUCACACGUACCAGCAAUGAUGCGAAGUUUGGUGAGCGACUGGAGGAAGGGUACUACUCAAAGUUAGCUGGAUCGUUUAAGAACAUUUUCAAUUUGGGCAGCGGAGAAAAGAUUGACAUUACCAUCGACUCUGCCAAUGGUGUAGGUGCUCCAAAGGCUAAAGUUCUCUUGUCAAAAUACCUUGACAAUGAAAUUUCCUACACACUUGUGAAUAACGCCUACGAAGAGCCGGAUAAGCUCAAUUUUGACUGUGGAGCUGAUUAUGUUAAGACUAACCAGAGACUUCCAAAAGGCGUGGAUGCAGUUUCUGGGAAAUUGUAUGGCUCCUUUGAUGGUGAUGCCGACAGAUUGGUUCACUAUUAUCAGGACAGCAAUGGAGUUUUCAAGUUGUUGGAUGGUGAUAAGAUCGCUACUUUGAUUGCCUUGUUCUUGCAAAGAACCCUUGCUAAGAUCGAUUCUUCAAAGCUCCAGCUUGAAAUUGCUGUUGUGCAAACGGCCUAUGCCAAUGGUUCCUCUACCAAAUAUGUUGAGGACGUGUUGAAGAUACCUGUUCGCUGUACUCCAACUGGAGUGAAGCACUUGCACCAUGAAGCAGAGAAGUACGAUGUUGGAGUUUACUUUGAAGCCAAUGGACAUGGAACUGUGAUAUUUUCUCCCGAGGCCGAGAAGAAGAUUUUCGCUUACGAGGGUGAAAACGACGAAGACAAGGAGGCAAUCAUCGUUUUGCAGGAAUUCACGAAGUUGAUUAACCAAACUGUUGGUGAUGCCAUUUCCGAUUUGUUGGUCGUUUUGAUCGUCUUGAACUACUUGAAAUUGACUCCCGCAAAGUGGGACGCGGAAUACACUGACUUGCCCAACAAGUUGGUGAAGGUUAUUGUUCCUGAUAGGACUGUGUUCAAAACGACAAAUGCUGAGCGUUCCUUGGUGGAGCCAAGUGGUUUGCAGUCCCAGAUUGAUGCCUUGGUUGCAAAGUAUCCUCAAGGAAGAUCGUUUGUCAGAGCUUCAGGAACAGAGGAUGCUGUAAGAGUUUACGCAGAAGCUGACACCAAAGAUCAUGCACAAUCAUUGAGUGAAGAAGUUAGCAAAUUGCUUGGAUGA